AUGCCGAUACUAUACUCUCUAGGCAUCGCUUUCUUUGCUGCUAUCGGCACAUUUUUGUUUGGGUUCGACACGGGGAUCGCAACGACAACUAUUGCUCAUCAGAGUUGGAUAGAUUAUAUGCACAAGCCGUCUCCAGGACUGACGGGAGCUGUCGUGGCCGUCUACAUCGCCGGCGAAGCGGGCGGGGCCCUGACACAGACUUUCAUCGGUGACCGACUUGGACGCAUUCGCUUCAUGCAGCUGAUGUGUAUCAUCGUGACCGCCGGUACAAUUAUUCAGACAGCCUCGAUCAACAUUGGCAUGUUUCUCGCCGGUCGCGCGCUCGCGGGCUUUGCAGUCGGCGGAAUGGUCUCUACUGUUCCCAUUUACCUCAGUGAGAUCUCUGAGCCUCAAUAUCGUGGCUUGAUUGGUGGUAUAUCCGGCUGUGGUAUCUCAUUCGGCACCAUGAUGUCGAAUUGGGUAGGCUUCGCGUGUAGCUAUGCCUCCUACGGUCCACUUCAAUGGCGCCUCCCGCUUGGGAUCCAGGUUCCCUGGGGGGUGAUCAUGUUCAUUGGUUUAGCAACUUUCAUGCCAAAUUCCCCCCGUCAAUUGAUUCGCAGUGGCAAGGUUCAGGAGGCGCGCCAGGAAUUCUCCCGCAUUCGUCGGGGUGCCAAUCUGCACGAGGUUGAAGAAGAGUUCGUGGCUAUGCAGGCACAAAUCGAAUUCGAAAUGGAACGAGAGAUUACCAGCUAUCGAGAAAUCUUCAAGCUGUUCCGCCAUCGGGUCCUGGUGUCGAUUGCGGUGCAAACUAUGACUAGUCUGACUGGUGUGAAUGUCAUUCAGUACUAUCAAACAACACUUUACAAGUCUCUUGGUAUUGGAUCGCACAAGAUUCUCGCUCUUGCUGGGGUGUAUGGCACGGUAGCGUUUUGCUCAAACGUCAUCACCACCAAGUACAUGACAGAUCAGUGGGGCCGUCGCAAGAUGUUGCUCUCUGGAUUGUCAGGGGUCGUGCUCAUCGAAAUCUACGCUGCGGUGAUGCAGCGCGAGUUUCAAUAUACCGAUAACAGAGUGGGCAAGGGCUUCGCUAUCUUGGGAAUUUACUUGUUUGUUGUAUGCUACUAUGGUAUGCUCAACAGCACCACCUGGCUGUAUGGUGCAGAAGUUUUACCCAUUGCUCUGCGAAGCAAGGUCAUGGGGUUGGCGGCGGCGUCACACUUUAUUGUGAAUGUUGCAAUCACCGAGGCUGGACCCAGUGCAUUCGCCACCAUCCAUGAAAAUUACUACUAUGUCUUUGUGGCUUGCUCCACCUUUUUCCUCGUCAUUGCCUACUUUUACUUUCCGGAAACCAAGCAGAAGACCCUGGAAGAAGUUGCUGCCUCAUUCGGAGACCGUGUCAUUCUGGUCGAGGAGGACUCAAAGCGGUUGACUAUUGCUGGCAAGGUCCAUCGUGUUAACUCAGUUGAUGCUUAA